CAAUAUCAUUGAAAAAGAAUAAAUCUGAGAGAAUGAACGUGGCUUCUGUGUUGCACAUGAAUGAAGGUGAUGGAGAAACAAGUUAUGCUAACAAUUCUAUGUUACAGCAAAAGGUGAUUUCUUUAACAAAGCUCAUAAGGGAGGAAGCUAUAACUUGCUUCUACAAAGAAAGACAUCCAAGAAGCCUGGCAAUUGCAGAUUUGGGUUGCUCUUCUGGACCAAACACUUUGUGUGUGAUUUUUGAACUGAUUGAAACUGUGGAGAGGCUUUGUAAAGUCCUAAACCAUGAAUCUUCAGAAUACACGAUCUUCUUGAAUGACCUCCCUGGCAAUGACUUCAACAACAUCUUCAAGUCUCUUGAAUGCUUCAAAAAAAACCUAAGAAGUCAAAUCGCCGAAGGCAUUGAUCAAUGCUACAUCACUGGAGUUCCUGGUUCUUUCUAUGGCAGAAUUCUUCCCACUAGUUCUCUGCAUUUUGUUCAUUCCUCCUACAGUCUUCAUUAUAUAUCUCAAGUUCCUGAGGGUGUGGAGAACAACAAUAAGGGCAAUAUUUGCAUAACAAGCACGAGUCCUUUGAGUGUUCAAAAAGCGUACUACCACCAAUUUCAAAGAGAUUUUUCAUUAUUUCUCAAGUGUCGUGCUCAAGAACUUAUUGAAGAGGGCCGUAUGGUUCUUAUACUUGGAGGAAGAAGUGGUUGCGACCCAUCAAGUAAUGAAUCUUGCUACAUCUUGGAGCUUUUAGCUCAGGCACUCAAUGACAUGGUCUUAGAGGGAAUCAUAAAGGAAGAUCAGAUAGAUUCAUUUAACAUUCCUAUCUACACUCCAUGCCCAACUGAAUUGGAGUUAGAGAUUGAAAAAGAAGGAUCAUUCACUUUGAAUCGCUUGGAGGUAUUUGAAGUAAGUUGGAAGGCUGCAUGUGGUGAAGAACUCAAUGACAAUAACAGUGGAUUCAAAGUUGCACAGCUUGUAAGAGCUGCAAUGGAACCUCUACUUGUGAGCCACUUCGGAGAAGCUAUUAUUGAUGAUCUUUUCCAUCGUUACCAAUACAUAUUAGCUGACCGUAUGGCUAAAGAAAAAACUGUGUUCCUCAAUCUUGUCGUAUCUUUAACCAAAACAACUUGAAGAAGGCCAACAUAUAUGUGUUUGUGUUUCUAUGAUACAUUGUUGAUGCAUCGAAUGCAUUAUCGCAUCAUUUUGUGUUUGUUUUUUUUUUUUUUCCUGAGAUCGUGUAUGUUUGAGUUUAAUUAACAUAUAUGCAUUUGUGUUUCUAUGAUACAUUGUUGAUACAUCGAAUGCAUUAUCGCAUCAUUUU